AUAAGAUGCUUAUAUAACAGCCGGCCCAGACAAAAAGUCCGCUUAACAGGACAAAAGCCAAAAGAUAUAGCCGUAAAAUAUACAAAUAAAACCAGUUUUCUAUAAAAAAAUGUACAGCGAUAUAAUGUGUCUGUGUGCAGACCCUGAGAUCAAGUCAGAUGGAUUCAGUAUGGAAACAACCCGACAACUGAUCAAACUGAUGGACCUGGACCAUACAGGGACACUGAGCACGGACGAAUUCAAAAAGGCGUGGCUGAAGAUGGAAAACUACAUGAAAUUUUUCCAGUCAUCGGACACUGACAAGAGCGGAACCAUAAGUGCUCCUGAGCUCAGAAACGCAUUGAUAGAAGCAGGUUUUAAUGUCAACGACACACAUCUAAGAGCCAUCAUCAGUAAAUUUCUCAAUGAAAGCCUCAACUUGGACUUUGAUGCAUUUAUUUUUGCCACAGUCAAACUGGAAACUGUGUACAAAAUGUUUAACAUUUUGGAUUCCAAUCAAAGUGGAUCGAUUAGUCUGUCUUUAUCUGAGUGGCUAGACACAAUCUUGGCCUGAAUAUGGAUCCACAGAUACAAGGAUAAGAGCACAGGGAAGAUGUCUGAACUCAUCCCUCAAUCAGCACGCUCAGUAGAUUCCUAUCACAUCUGUUCUAUGCAAAAUUUUUAAUUAUUUCAAUAAAAUUUUCUCUGAUGGCA